AUGGGGAGAGCUCUGACUUCCGCUCGACAUUCUCGCCAGGAGAGCGCCACACGCCGAGGAAGCCGCCGGAACGCAAAGGUAUAAACCCAAUCUUCAUAGUGAAUCUUUAGGCGCAGGCCCUAACUGAGCUUUCAUAUCGAAAUUGAUUCUUGCAAGAUUAUCAUAUCUUCGACUGGAGCUAGAAGUUCUCAAAUAGUCAAGAACACUCAAGUAUUUUCUAUAGAAAUGACACAAGACCAAGGUCGGGCUCAAUUAAAAAUUGAUAGUUCUCGUGUCAAAGAAAUGCUAGUUUGAAAAAAAAUAUAUUUCGGAAUGAAGCUUCAGGUAUAAGACUAUCAGGAAGAUUCCUUAAAAGUAAAUUAAGCGAGCUUAUAGAAGAUUCCUAAUUCUGACUAGGGAACUACUCGGACUCGGGUACGCGUUUCGAGUUGAAACUUUGGUGGCUUAUAGACCCGGGUAAGAGUACUGGGGUAUUUAAUUUAAUAAAAAUUUUUUUCGUAUAAAAUUCGCCUACUGGUUCCGUGUUCAUAUUUCGUCUUUCGAGCGAUACACCAGCAAUUGGGAUUUUUCUGAAGUUACUCUUCUAGAGUAUUGAGUUGAGGAUGAAGAUACAGAGAGCCUGUUUGCAAUACUGCUUGUCGGAAAAGGUCACUCGAACUUGAAAAAAAACGCUGUUCUCCUAAUUGAAUACAUUCUCCGAUGGAAGAUAAAACUGGUCCCGGUCAUCCCUACCCUAUUUUAGUUGUUCCGCGAGACUUGAACGAGACAGUUUCCUAUAUUCCAGUUUCCACAUAAUUGAUUCUUUAGAGAAAACUUUCUCAACUAACAAAAUUUCUUAAAAAAUAAACAAAAAGUGAUCAUCUGAGCCUGAAACCUUUUCGUCGUUCGAUUUAUUCGGAUAUGAAAAAACUACGGUCUCAAAAAAGCGUCAUCUCGUACAAUCGUUUAUUUUUUGAGAUUUUUUUCGAAUUUUUGCCGGGGUAUCAACGUCUAAUGAGUGAAAAGUUCCCUUAAAUAUAGUUAUUCAAACGAGGUUCCUAUGGAAGCACACUAGGUGGUGGAUUACCUCACCCUAACUGUAGAAAUAAUUUUUUUGCAUAUUUUUCCAAUACCUUUGAACAUGAUACAUUCCCGAAAACUUCAAGGCCACGGUAACAAUUUUCCUUUCAAUAAAGAAUAUGAUACUCAAGAAAGUGGUUUUUUCUUCAUAAUUAGAGAAACAACAAUAAGCUUUCAUGAAAAUUCUAAGAACGGCCAAAGACCGCUUUCUCUUUGUAUAGUCUGUUCAGAUUUCAAAUGUCAAGUCCUCGCUGAAGCUCCGCCCCCUAAUGGCGCGAUAAACCAAUCAGAGAGCGAGCCAUCCACAGAGCGUUUUCAAAUGACGUCAUUCUACUUGAAAUUCAAAAUCUGAACAGACUAUAACAAUAGAACCUUGGAUCGAAUUUUCUGGACUUCUUGAGCAUGAAAAGAGUUCGAAACACCUGAUCCCCAAGUUGGUUCUCGAAAAAUAUUUUUCGGAAGAUUGAAAAAUGCAGAAAUUUCGCUCGGAGAAAAUUCGGAAUGAAAAUGAAGCCAGCAAGUAAAACUUGAAUUUAUUAAAAAUAAAAAAUCGAAGACGGAAAUCUGAACGAUCUCGUUGCUGAGCAGCACUCUCCGAGACUGGAAAAAGAGGAAUCAUUAUUGAUAAAUUGUCAGGAAACUUAUGUAGUCUACAGUAUUUUCUUAAAUCGCAGCAUGUCCUCAAGCGAGUUCAAACUUAUAAUUUUUGAUUAUUUGAGCAGAUAAAAGAAGUAUUUUCAAAAUUAGUUCAUAACUUCCAGAAGAAUGAUCAUUCAGCUCGCAAUAUGAAUCAAAAUCAAUUUGGAAAAUUCGUCUCACUUAUAGAUUGUUAUUUUAUAUAGACAAUGUAUACCUAGGGACCGCAAGCCAUUUCUUCAGAACGAUUCAAAAAAAUAUGUUUUUUUACAUUGUUCGAUAGAGGAGACUGUCCAUUUUCAUAAUCCGUUUAGUGUUUGAAAAAAAGCUCCACUAAGAAAAAAAGUUAUGGCCAAAAAAACGAGCGCGCGGCGUACAACUGGAGGCAAAAAUCUCACGGUUUACCCGCUGCCGCACGCUUUCUUUUUAAAUGUUUUUUUACGCGUUUCUGGACCGUUUUUUUAAAGCGGUUUUCUGUUUUGAGAGGUUGUCCGAACUGAGCCUCAUGUUUUUGGUAUGAAUCUUUUGUACAAUCCUCAUAAGAAUUUUUUUGAUAAAAUAUCAAAAAAACUACCUAGAAAAAAAGGUCAAAGGGAUUUUUUUCAGCUUAUUUUUUUCUUUUUUUCUACUCAGAAAAAAAUUAUUAUCAUUCGAUUUGGAAAAAAGAAAAAAUGAAAAAUAAUGUUAUUUCGAAAUAAAACAGGAAAAAGUGCCAUUUGACUCCGAAAAACGGCUCCUGCGACAUUUAAAAGGACGCAUCGGUGUGUUUGACGCAAACACUGCUACGGACACUUGCACAAAAUCUUCCGAAAUUUCAAAAAAAAUUGCCAUUUUUUCGAGGUUUUCAAAGCCGUUAUUUUUUUCGCGUCGAUCGAUUUUUUUCAUAAUUUUUUCAUUGAUAGAGUUUUGAACGCUUAAUAACCUGAUCAAAAAUAUAUACGCGAUCCUAUUCUCUCAUGCGUCAACGAGGCAGACGAAAAAAGGAGGUUUUGGUAAAACUCAAAUAUAAUUUAAUUCGCUGUCCCAAUAAUUAUUUUCAUUCUGAAUUUUUUUUUUUGGACACACUGUUAGUUUUUAAAUCAAAUAAAAAGUAUACCAUGUCGCUGAAAUUUUUUCGCAUUUCAGCUUCAAAGUUUGGUGUCACUUUACAAGCUUUAAUAUUUUUUUCGCGUCGGUAGAUUUUUUUUAUUUUUACUCAAAAAAUAAAGAAAGUGUUAAUGUAUAACAUACUUAAAAUUUAGUAGCGUUCCUCACUUGGUUUUCUGAAACGCGACGAUUUUGUGAAACUUGUCAGUUUUUUUCGUGUUAAAUCUUACUUUUUCGCUUAUUUUUGAAAAAAACAUAGUUUUUAAAAUAUUCAGUCUUGUAGAGCGUUGUCGAUUACAUAGAUUAACAGAAACAGGUAAUUUUUAAAGUGGGACUUUAGCUAGUAUAAACGCCUCAAAACCGUUUUUGCAACAAAAAAAUCGUCAUUUUGGUGGCGUGAAGGGGCGGGGCUUUGCGCCCCCUAUGUAUACCUCAAGUAUAAUCGCCAUGCUCCGAUAAAUCCGUGAUUUUUCGCAUGAGAGUUGGAACCGUUUGUACCUGGAAACAUUGACUUUUAUGUGAUAAUCAAUCAAAACAGACUUAUUUUCAAAAAAAAAAAAUUAUAAUCCUUCUAUACUAGACUUGUUCCUUUAUCUUUUACCUUAACUUAGAAUUUCUAUCUAUGGAAAAUUCAUUGCUUAAGAGGCUGCUUGAGUUUUUCCAGGAAAGAGCUGGGUGAACUUUGAAGAAAUAUCCAGUUGAAGCCUAAAAAUGAAACUCUAUUUCGCCAACGUUUGAUUUCAAAACACCAUGAGGUAUAUACAUAAUAGACUAUAUUUCCAAGUGGUCCCUAAAGGAGUAGCUCAGCGAUCUCUUCACUAAAACUUGUCAAGUGGUCACUUUAGAAGUGGCACUGUUGCUAAAGCUCCCGAAUUUUCGUCUAACUUUCAAAUUUUACAAGAUUUUCUAAAUUUGAUAAAGGGGAUAAAAAAUCCAGGCCAAUUAUCUAGAGCUCAUCCAGGCCUUUGAAUUUACUAUCAUGAUUACAGUUUAUACCUUAUCUCCGAAAUUCUUCGCCUCCUUCUUUUUUCCUCCCAGCCAUCCAACGGUCGUCUUCCUUCCAGCGAGCGGAAGAUAUAAAAUACCUUCAUAUGGUCUGAAGUCGACACGUUGAUUUUUUUUUUCUCUUAUCAUUUUUCCCAUCAAGUUUAUCUUUGACGUGGUAAAUGAAUGUUUUCGAUUUUUUCUUUCUUCAGAGUCAAAACAAGGAUUUUUCGAAUACAUGUGGUUCAUUUUUAGGAUAGAGAAGAGGAGAAGUAUAAAAAAAUUAAAGAUUCAAAAAAACAGCUUCAAAUAAAUUUUCGAAAAAUACGACGCUAAUCUUUACAGGGGGAAAUUAAUAACUCAAAACUCAUUUUUUUCACUGGCUUAACGCCUAUAAAGAUGAGAGUAAGAUACUCAAUCAUUUUUUCAUUUUUCCCAAUAAUGAACUUAUUUGAAACUAUUGAUCCACGACGCGUAUUAAAUUCACAAUUACUCAAAGAGUUUUUUUGAUAUAUACAAAUCACUAGUUUAGGGUCCUAUAAUUCUCAAAUUUUCCAUUCGAACAAUGUUUGAAAACCAUUUAGUGCCAGCAAUCAUUGCGAGGAAAAUCCAAAGAAAAGCAAACUUGAAUUUUUAUUUUGUUCUAAUCAUCGAAAAGUGAUGUCACUUCCAUUUAAAUUCGAAUGAUGUCUUCCGUGUAAAAAACAACAGAAGAUUGAAAAGAGAUAAGAGAUAAAUCAACGUGACGACUUCGAGUCAUAAGAAGGUAUUUUAUAGUCGCUAGCUCCUCGGAUGCGCUUGUGGAAAGGCUGGCGAGCGAUGGACCUGGGAAGAGGUAUAAAUUUAUUUUUCAGUAUCUCUAAUGGCGCAGUUAUUGCUUUGAUACUUGACGUUGAAAUUCCUCUUGAGAACUUUGAAAAGCUCUGUGAAAUUAAGAAGCUAUUCCCUAACGCCCCUAAGAGCCUUAGCAGCAUUGUUCUUCUUAAGUGCUCUGCCAUGGAGCGCCAAAAUGGCGUCACAACUUUUUCUCUGACACACACUAUUUCGUCGUUUUCUCGCAGCUAGAACGACGAAAUAGUGUGUGUCAGAGUGUGUUGUGGCCCCAUCUUGGCGCUCCAUUUCAGAGUGACCGCUUAACAACUUGAGGCGAAGAGAUUCUAGAGCUACUCCUUGAGUGGUCACUCGAACUUUCAAUAUUCUGAUAUUUAGAAGCGAAUUUGAAGAUAAUGAAAGAAAGAGAAGAAAAAGGAGGACGAAAAGAAAAAGGUUUAUAUUUUUUCAAGGUAAGCAUGUUUUGAUUGAAUAUCGCAAUAAAAUGAAUUUUUUUCAGGUACAAUGCGCGGUUCGAAAAGAGGAGGUUCCUGCGGCCAAACGCUCAGAAAAGGUAUGAAGUCCCAAGCGAAGACAGUAGUCUGAUAGACAGACAAUCGGGUGGAAAAAGAGAGGCCGAAAAAAUGGUGCAUCGAUGAAAUGCCGAAAAAAUGCAACUAAAAAAGAACAUUUCUAUAGAGCCUUUUUCCACUCUUUAAGACUUUGACUAUUUCCAAUGAUUUAAAACCUAACUAAUUUGUUUUUUUUUUUCAGCUGUUACUGAACUUUUCGUUCCACAAACACGAGUACAACAGUGAACAUACGCCCCUUUUCUCCUGUUUCCAACAUGUAUUAAAUAAAAUUGUUUAAUUUACCUUGUCUCUUAUUUGUUUGUUUCCAACAUUUUUCGAGAAACUGUUCGGAAUUUCCGAUCUGUUCUCUCAAUUACAAAGUUCACUACGGUUUCUCAGCCUACUCAGAUCUUAACGAGAAAAAAUAACUCUUCAAAUUGUGACGUCCAGGGGUCAUAAAAAAGGUUUCUUGCAAUGAUUAAUUGAUAUUCUUCGAACUAGAUCAACCUUUUGAGGCAUUGGCCCAGGUUAAAAGUCAUCCGUGUGCAGUUGGGACUUCGAAAUGAACUCACUUGGGCAACGACUUCGUAUGGAAGCGCAAAAGGACAGAAAAAAAGACGGCAAUCAACAUCGACUACUGGUGCAAAGUCGGAAUGAUGGUUCAUGUUAUAUUUUGCUAGACAACGCAGUUGUUGACGUAAAAUAUUUAUUAUAUAUUAAUACGAAGAAACGAUCACAUUGCUGUCCCACUUUGCGUCCAUUACUGAAGUUUUUAAAAUUUCCACGUGUUCGAAGAUCACGUGGCGAUACACAAACAGCAGUUUCUGCUGAGAAGUGUAUCUCAUUCCCAAAAACUUCAUGCGUCCGAGCCCGAACCAUGUUCGAAGUUAAUUUACACUUCUUGUUUUGGGAAUGACGCAGCUCUUGUGUGCGGCAUGACCUGAGCGUUGCGGCUUCACUUCUGUGCUUCGCUUCACCUCAGACAACCAUUUCGCCAAUUUGUAGCGGUUCAGCUGAGCUGCUGUUAACAGUAACGAUGGCCAUGCGGGUAUGCCCGUAUUUUUCACUGACCUUCUGCGCCUGUUGUACGCUUUGAUUACCUCACCAAAUUCCCCACGGGUGGGAAAAUGUUAUAUUUUGCUAGACAACGCAGUUGUUGACGUAAAAUAUUUAUUAUAUAUUAAUACGAAGAAACGAUCACAUUGCUGUCCCACUUUGCGUCCAUUACUGAAGUUUUUAAAAUUUCCACGUGUUCGAAGAUCACGUGGCGAUACACAAACAGCAGUUUCUGCUGAGAAGUGUAUCUCAUUCCCAAAAACUUCAUGCGUCCGAGCCAGAACCAUGUUCGAAGUUAAUUUACACUUCUUGUUUGGGAAUGACGCAGCUCUUGUGUGCGGCAUGACCUGAGCGUUGCGGCUUCACUUUGUGCUUCGCUUCACCUCAGACAACCAUUUCGCCAAUUUGUAGCGGUUCAGCUGAGCUGCUGUUAACAGUAACGAUGGCCAUGCGGGUAUGCCCGUAUUUUUCACUGACCUUCUGCGCCUGUUGUACGCUUUGAUUACCUCACCAAAUUCCCCACGGGUGGGAAAAUGUAUCUUCUCUUGUGAAGAUACCUAGGGUGGGAAAUCUGAUCGUUUCUUCGUAUUAAUAUAUAAUAAAUAUUUUACGUCAACAACUGCGUUGUCUAGCAAAAUAUAACAUUAUAUACAAAUACUACGAAACGAUCACAUUGCUAGUUCAAAGCCUCGGAAUUUGGGAUUUUCCUGCUUGCAAGGCGUUUGAGCGUUAUCUGAAGCUCUCCUCGCGAAGGGGCCAUCUGGCGACGCCUUCGACUGAUAGCUCAGCCUCUAAACCUCAACCUUCAACUUCUUUGUUGUGUGUGCCUCCUGAACUAGCUCGGUGUGAGCACGAUGAUAGUCUCUCUUUGAUGGGUCUCCUGAGGCCUUAACGGUCCUGUUUCAGGAUUUCGCGAUGUGUAUUUUUGACACAAUUUCGCUUAGUUUAGAGAGAACUGCUUCUCAGGACUUCUUUCAGUGCUCCUCUACGGAUCGCCAACCGAUUCGAGGGUUGCUCUGCCUAUCUGGGUCCGAAGCCAGUUUUUCACCGUUCUAAUAGCUAAGAAUCCCGUUCAGUCUGAUAACUGAGAGCAUAGCUUGCCCUGGUCUCACUCUAGCGAUUGCUAUCGUCCGAGACCUGUUAGUUAUUUGUUCAGACGAAUUCUUAGUAUUCGACACCGUUCUUCUAGCAAUUGGAGAGGUUUGUCUUUGCUUCUCUUUGAGCACCUCUGAAUUCAAAACUUGUUCGAAUCAAUCCUGCUAGUAAGCAAUGGAACUACUGCACUGUUCCAUACCGAGAAAAAUCUAAACUGGAAUCCCGAAUCCAAUAGCUCAUUGGAAAUAACUUAUUGGAAAUAACGACGCUUAUUGGAAAUAACGACGUUUCAUAGAACGGCGUAUUUUAGUUCCAAACAGAUUCUCGCUUUCUCUACACAGAUUUGCUCGAACUUGGGAUUCUCACUUGGUGCAUAACCUACACUCUUGGAUCCGUCAGGAUCUACGAAUCUGCCAAGGUUCGCCUCUCCAGGAAUGAUAUUUCGCCAGGACUGUUAUGAACCGUUCAUCCGAAGAUUCGUCCAUAUUCUAGUCCCUUUCUUUGCGUUUCCUGUGCGAUCUGUGGCGUCCAAUGAACCUGGUGGAACCGAGAGGUCGUAGCGACCAGCGUUUUGAGGUUCUUCCCUUGUUACGCUUGCUCUCCGUUUCCCCAUUGGUCUGCUUUGCGGUAUUUUCUGAUGGUUGAACCACUCGAUUUACCGGCUAAGCUCUUUCCAGAGAUCCUCCUUUGAGUUCCUAUCCGCUCUGGGAUUUCUUGAUCUCUGAUUCAUUGAACUGACUUGCGUGUUAUCGGAAAUCUAUGAUCACAAUGGAGACGCCAGUGGAACAAUUCCCUGGUCCUCUUAUUCGGUCUUUGAACCUUUCCGAAUGUACCAUCUGAUUGAUUUCAAUGAGCACGUGGACAAGUCUAGUGACCUCUUUCUGGAAGCGUCUAACUUUCUGACGUAACUUCCGCUGAGGUCGCAUACCACGAUACCUCCCGCCUCUUUGCAAGGAUUCUUUUGGAAAUUUCUUUUCCUUUCGUGGAUUAUCUAUCAGGCUUCUCCCUUCUCAGAAGUUCUCUAUGAUUACGCAUCACUGAAUUCUUUUCAUGGGCUCUUAGCCGAAGUAAAAAUCUCGGACUUCGCCCUUCAGCUGACGGUCAUAAAAGUGUUUGCUGAUAGUACUUCUGGAGGAUUGGUAGCUAGGGCAUCCUUUUUGCUCGAUAGAGUUUUGGGAAGCUGCUCUCCAGGGUUUCGAUUAUACUUAUUCGCCUAUUUAAGCAAUCGAAUACGCUCAUUUAUAAGGUUUCGCCCAGUAAUCCUGCUAUGACUGUAGCACACAGCGCCGUCCAGGAAUCUCUGGACUGUCGAUUACUGUUUCUUGCGAUGAAACCUCUGAGUUUUCAGAGCACUCAAGAGAAACUCCGGUGAAUCGCCGUCGCGGUAGACGACUCACGUAGGCUUAUUGCCUUCCGCUCCCACCUAAGCGUCUUGAACGCCUCCGGUGGAACCCCGAACAUUUUGUUCGUUUUGGAAGACUAGAUAUGGCCGUUCCUCUUGAUUGCGAUCCGUUUUGGACGUUCCAAUCUUUUUUAUCGCCUAUAGCGAAGAUUCGGAAUGUCAGCUACCAAAUCACUGCAGCUUCGGAUCCACGAGGACGUCUCACUUUAGUUCGCAGACUGUCCCCGUUUGGCACUGUUAGGCUCCGUCGAGUUUCCGACUAA